GUCAGCAGCGAAGGCUCAGGAAGUGUUCGGGAUUCUGGAGCUUCUGGCAGAAAUACUUGGCUAUCUGUCUCUGGAAGAGCUGCUCGAGGUAUCUCCGACUCGUAAAAGCUUAGCUUUUGGCGUGCGGACCGUACUUACCGAUGCUAUGCCGCAGUUCGGGCCGAUAUGCAGACUCCGAAUGGACGACAUUCUCUGAUUGGGAGCAUUGGAAUGAAGUUGUAGGCAAGCUUAGCCUUUCUUGUAUAGACAUCAAUAGUCCAGAAAGGGAGUGGCGUAGUAAGGGCCGCGGCGAGCCUUCCCUACUUUGGUAUGCUGUUAAGAUCAGUGUCCAUUCCGAAAGCGACAAGCUGCCCCAAAUUGGAACUCGGUGCAGAAUGCUUCCCCAAUGCUCCCUGGCACCGAAGCAGAUGAGCAUUCGUUUGUGCUGUUACCAUGACGAGCAACAGCGCAGGAAGCCAGAAACUUAUCAAGUACAGCUCCCUGAACCUCAAGAUUACCCUAAGCCACUCACGAACGGUAACGGCAUUACCGUCGGAGACCUAUUUGAAGCCACGUUAAGACUACGUGCAGGACAUCGCAUGUGCCCGUAUGAGAGCCAUUCUUGUUCAACCAUCAACGACCAUGGCUUCGUCGCUGUUCGAGUCUACUUUGAAGCCGAGGUGCAUUUGAGCGAACAGAGUCUGACAAGUAUAAGGCAUCGUCGAAGGCUUGAUGAGGAAAAGCAAAGGUUCGAAGCUCGAUCUUUGUUUCGGUCGCGACGUCGUACAAAUUCGCAACGUAAGGCAGAGACCAGAGAGGAGAAGUAUGAAGAGCGCCGAUCGUAUGCGAAGGCGAAGAGACUUGCGUUCUUGAAAGGCAGGCCAAUCCCGACUCUCGCAGAGUACCGAUUCGUCAAGGAUGGGCACGACAAGCUCGCCAACAAACACUCUCUGAUCGCUCAAGAGGACGGUGUCUAUGUCGCGAGGCAGCAAUAAAGUGGCGCGGAGAGGAUAAUGCUUGGAGCGGGAUCAAAGUCCGCUGCACACGGUAUAAUGGUGGACGACAAGCGUACGUGAUGCUGAGAUAAUUCUGCCAACCGAAGACCGCAGCGCAGUUGCGGCCAUUUGUCGUACUGAUCACAGUGGCGUCCACGGGCGACUCAUUGCGGUCCAAAAUGCACUGAAGUCGGCUGGUUGAUUAUCUGUGGUAACAUUGCGACAGCCAGCGAACAAU